UUUUCUUUCUCGCUGUCUUCUAUCAUCCCAUUCUUUCUUUUCCAUCCUACUGCAGUCAGGGAUGACGCAUCAGUAUUGCUGUGGAGCUUACAGGAAGUGUCGUUGUGAUAGGCCAGUGGAGAAGCAGCACAGUAGCGGCUCUGACAUGCGUAUGCAUUGCUGAACCAGAGCCAGGGAACACUCGCAGCAUUUUGAUGACAUCACCCACCCCCACACUAUGCCCCUGCCUCCCUCUGUUUGCUGUUGAAACAAGCUCUCGCUCACUCUGAGGAAAAAAAAAAAAGAAGCAGGCAUCAGUAAAAGAACAGGAGCUAGCUGGGAAGAGGAGGGGCAGCUCACGAGCAAAUGGAGAGGGAGAGAGUUUUGAGGGGAGGCGGAGGGUGGCUGAAAGUGCUAGCGGGCUAGGACUGGUACACACACUUACACACACAGGAAGAGAAGCGGAGAAGAAAUAUUGCUGUGCAUUGUUCAGACUUCUAUCGUCUACUGUUCUGCUGCUUUUUUCUCUGCUAUCAGGAGCAAAAGUUCUCACGCAGUUUCGUCCUCCGGUUUGCUGGACUUUUCUACCCUGAAAUGGGAUGAGGGACUCUGUGGACUGGCAAGGGGGCAGCAGGCGCUGGGAUGGAAUACUUCUCUAACUAGCCAGGCUAAGCACCAUCUCCUCUUCUCCUAGUGCAAUUCCGGGAACUAGGUAGCCGAGGACACAAAGCGGUAGCACUUCUUGGAUUUCUUCUCCUGAUCGACUGUCAUUCAGAAGGAUGCCUUUAACCUGCACCUGUGGAGGGUAGUACGCAGCCCCUAUCAGGGGACAGGGGGUGCAAGUUGAAGGGGUGUAAAGAUUGUAUAUUCCGAAGAAGAGUGGAAUGUUUGUCUUCAUGACAUGAACGUGAUGGGAGACCUGUGACAUUUUGUGCCUUUUUUGGUGACGCCUAACUUUUUGAGAGCCGCCAUGCUGAGCCUGCAGGAUUCAGUCUUCUUUGAGAUCAGCAUCAAAUCUCUGCUCAAGUCUUGGAGUAGCAGCUCUUCUGCACCAGUCAGCAGCAGUGUGAGUAGACGACGUGCCCCCUCCUCUGUGACUCCCCUCUCGUGGGAGAGACACAACAUCGCUGCCAUGUCGAGCAUCACCAUCGACCCCGAGCUCAAGCCCGGGGAGUUUGUCAUCAAGAGUCUAUUUGCAGAGUUCGCUGUGCUGGCUGAGAAGAAGAUCGAGAUGGUGAUGGCUGAGCCGCUGGAGAAGCCCCUAUCCCGAUCCCUGCAAAGAGGGGAAGAUGCACAAUUUGACCAGUUAAUAAGCUCUAUGAGCUCAAUAGCAGAACACUGUUUGCCCUCCCUACUGCGCACACUGUUUGACUGGUACCGGCGGCAGAGCGGCACCGAAGACGAGUCUUAUGAGUACAGGCCUCGCUCUAGUACAAAGUCCAAAGGAGAUGAACAGCACCGUGAUAAAGAUUACCUUCUGGAACGGAGGGACUUAUCCAUAGAUUUCAUUUUCUGUUUAGUUUCAGUGGAAGUUCUCAAACAGAUUCCUCUUCACCCAGUGCCAGAUGCUUUAGUACAUGAAGUUCUGAACCUGGCAUUCAAGCACUUUAAACACAAAGAGGGGUACUGUGGCCCCAACACUGGCAACGUGCACAUCAUCGCGGACCUGUAUGCUGAGGUCAUUGGCAUCCUCACACAGUCAAAGUUUCAGGCCGUUAGGAAAAAGUUCAUCACCGAACUAAAGGAGCUCCGGCAAAAAGAGCAGAGUCCCUAUGUAGUCCAGAGCAUCAUCACCCUCAUCAUGGGCAUGAAGUUCUUCCGGGUUAAAAUGUAUCCUGUGGAGGACUUUGAGGCGUCGUUUCAGUUCAUGCAGGAGUGUGCUCAGUAUUUCCUGGAAGUCAAGGAUAAGGACAUUAAACAUGCUCUAGCAGGCCUUUUUGUUGAGAUCCUCAUCCCUGUUGCAGCUGCGGUGAAAAAUGAAGUCAACGUGCCGUGCCUGAAGAACUUUGUGGAGAUACUGUACCAGACAACGUUCGAGCUUAGUUCCAGGAAGAAGCACUCUUUGGCUCUGUAUCCUCUGGUGACGUGCUUGCUGUGUGUUAGUCAGAAGCAGUUCUUCCUCAACAACUGGCACAUCUUCCUCCAGAACUGCCUCUCUCACCUGAAGAUGCCAUCUAACAACAGCAUCCGAAAGCAGAUUGAGACGCUGCAGAACAAAGAUCCCAAAAUGUCCCGUGUUGCGCUGGAGUCGCUCUACAGACUGCUCUGGGUCUACAUUAUCCGGAUCAAGUGCGAGAGUAACACUGUCACACAGAGUCGGCUACUGAGCAUCGUUUCAGCACUUUUCCCCAAAGGUUCCCGCAGUGUAGUGCCAAGGGACACGCCUCUCAACAUCUUCGUCAAGAUCAUCCAGUUCAUAGCUCAGGAAAGACUGGACUUUGCUAUGAAGGAAAUAAUCUAUGACCUCCUGUGUGUGGGCAAGUCACACAAAACCUUCACCAUUAAUCCAGAGAGGAUGAAUAUCGGUUUGCGAUCCUUCUUGGUGAUCGCUGACAGCCUACAGCAGAAAGAUGGAGAGCCUCCCAUGCCUACGACUGGAAUCAUCAUGCCCUCUGGCAACACCUUACGCGUCAAGAAGAUCUUCCUCAACACCACACUCACUGAUGAAGAAGCCAAGGGCAUAGGCAUGUCUGUGUACUACCCCCAAGUAAGAAAGGCCUUAGAUAACAUCCUACGACACCUGGACAAGGAGGUUGGACGCUCCAUGAGCAUGACCAACGUGCAGAUGUCCAACAAGGAGCCUGAGGACAUGAUCACGGGAGAGAGGAAGCCAAAGAUUGAUCUGUUCCGCACGUGUGUGGCUGCCAUCCCAAGACUGAUACCAGAUGGCAUGAGCAGACAAGACCUAAUAGAGCUUCUAGCCAAGCUGACCAUCCACAUGGACGAGGAGCUGCGGGGCCUUGCCUUUACCACUCUUCAGGCCCUGAUGGUUGAUUUCCCAGAGUGGCGUGAGGACGUGCUCUCCGGCUUUGUCUACUUCAUUGUCAGAGAGGUGACCGAUGUCCACCCCACGCUGUUGGACAACGCAGUCAAGAUGCUGCUACAGCUUAUCAGCCAAUGGAGGCAGGCCGUGCAGAGCAGCAAUAAGAGCCAUGAUGCACAGGGCUCAAGCAGCGGCCAUUCUCUGCCCCUGGAACGUGUUCCUCCACUUGGUGUGCUGCAUGUAGUGGAGGGCUUAGCUGUGGUGGUGCUUUGCAGCUGCCGCCCAGCCACACGUAGGCUGGCUGUUAACGUCCUCAAGGAGGUCCGUGCUCUGCACACUGCACUGGGCAUCGGAAAGGGCGAUGAAGAGUUGGCCAUUGACGUAAUGGAUAGACUAAGUGCAUCAGUGUUGGAAAGUUUCAUUCAUCUCACAGGAGCUGACCAGACCAACCUGCUGUACUGUCCCAGUGGGAUUGAUCUUCAGACACUAGCAGAAUGGAGCUCAUCCCCCAUCAGCCACCAGUUUGAUGUGGUGAGCCCCUCGCACAUCUGGGUGUUUGCUCACGUUACUCAGGGCCAGGAUCCCUGGGUCAUCAGCUUCUCAAGCUACCUGCGGCAGGAGCACUUGCCCAAACAUUGUCCAACUGCACUCAACUACGCCUGGAUGUUCGCCUACACCCGCCUGCAGUUAUUGUCUCCCCAAGUGGACAUCAACAGCCCCAUCAAUGCCAAGAAAGUGAACAGUCUGAACAGCAGUGACUCGUACAUCGGUCUUUGGAGGAACUACCUGAUCCUCUGCUGUAGCUCAGCUUCCUCCUCUUCCUCUAUGUGCUCUUCAUCCUCCACCUCUGGCUCCGUCCGCUGCUCCCCGCCUGAGACGCUGGCGUCUACGCCGGACAGCGGCUACAGUUAUGAUUCAAAGAUUGUUGGCACUCCGUCCCCCUCCACCCUCUUCAAACACAUCGUUCCAAUGAUGCGCUCUGAGAGCAUGGACAUCACAGAGUCUCUUGUGUUGGGGCUUGGCAGGACCAACCCCGUGGCCUUCAGAGAGUUGUUAGAGGAGCUGAAUCCCAUCAUAAAAGAAGCUCUGGAAAGAAGACCUGAAAACAUGAAGCGGCGCAGGCGUCGUGACAUCCUCAGGGUUCAGCUUGUCCGGAUAUUUGAGUUACUGGCAGAUGCUGGUGUCAUCAGUCAGAUAACCAGUGGAGGGUUAGAUGGUGAGAGCCACUCCCUGAACAGUUCGCUGCUGGAGUAUGUUGAUCUGACCAGGCAGCUGCUUGAGGCUGAAAAUGACAAGGACUCUGAUACACUGAAGGACAUUCGCUGUCACUUCAGUGCACUCGUGGCUAAUAUUAUACAGAAUGUCCCAGUGCACCAGCGGAGGACCAUCUUUCCCCAGCAGUCACUCAGACACAGUCUGUUCAUGCUGUUCAGUCACUGGGCCGGGCCCUUCAGCAUCAUGUUCACUCCCCUGGACCGCUACAGUGACAGAAAUAUGCAGAUCAACCGCCAUCAGUACUGUGCACUAAAGGCCAUGUCUGCAGUGUUGUGUUGUGGACCUGUAGCCGACAAUGUUGGCCUCUCCUCCGAUGGCUACCUCUACAAGUGGCUGGACAACAUCCUGGAUUCUCAGGAUAAGAAAGUUCACCAGCUGGGUUGUGAGGCUGUGAUGCUGCUGUUGGAGCUGAAUCCUGACCAGAGCAACCUCAUGUUUUGGGCUGUGGACCGCUGCUACACAGGCUCCCGCCGUGUGGCAGCCGGCUGCUUCAGGGCUAUCGCUAAUGUCUUUCACAACAGGGAUUACCAAUUUGACACUGUGGUGCUGCUGAACCUGAUUCUGUUCAAGGCGGCUGAUUCUUCCAGGGACAUCUAUGAAGCAGCCAUGCAGCUGUUACAGAUACUGGAACCCAAGCUCUUCCGCUACGCCCACAAAUUGGAGAUCCAACGAAUAGAUGGCAUUUUGACCCCUCCCUCACCGCUGCCACACCUCUACUCUGUGUCUUACUACCAGCUGUCUGAGGAGCUUGCACGAACUUACCCAGAACUGACCCUCCCCAUCUUCUCAGAGGUGAGCCAGCGCAUCCAGACAGCGCAUCCUGGUGGUCGUCAAGUAAUGCUGCAUUACCUCCUGCCUUGGAUGAACAAUGUGGAGCUGGUCGACUUUAAACCAACUGUAAGGCGACCGGAGGAGUGUGGCAGUGUUGAGGAGGACGAGGACGUACACGAGCGGGAGGUCAUGAUGGUGAACAGCAGGCGCUGGCUCCAUGGAGAGGGCUGGGGCUCGCCUCGUGCUACGACCAUGGUGUUAAACAACCUCAUGUUCAUGACCGCUAAGUACGGGGAUGAGUUUGCUUGGUCGGAGAUCGAGAACGUGUGGACCACAUUAGCAGACAGUUGGCCAAAGAACCUCAAAAUCAUUCUGCACUUCCUCAUCAGUAUGUCAGGAGUCAACAGUGACCCAAGCCUUUUGCCCUAUGUGAAACGAGUGGUGGUUUACUUAGGCAGAGAUAAGACUAUGCAGCUGCUGGAGGAGUUGAUGUGUGAGCUUGACCUGACUGAUCCUGUAAGCUCAGCUGUUACUCACAUGGACAACCCGCCUUACUACCGCAUCAGCUCCAGUUACAAGAUCCCCUCAGUCACCUCAGGAACAACUUCCAGCAGCAAUACCAUGGUGCCAGGAAAUGAUGUUCAUCAUGAAGGCAAGAUUAAAGACUCGAACAUGGAGGACAGUUACACCCACCUGGACAUCUACAGUGGUCUGAACAGCAACCUGAACCGUCAGCACCACCGUCUGGAGUCUCGUUACAGCAGCAGUUCUGGAGGCUCCUAUGAAGAGGAGAAGAGUGACUCCAUGCCACUUUACGCUAACUGGCGUUUGAAAGUGAUGGAUCACAACCGGCCAGAGCCCCUCCCCUUCCCUCCAACAGGAGGCUGCUGGUCUCCGCUAGUGGACUAUUUGCCAGAGACCAAUGCCCCUGGUGUACCUCUCCACAGAUGUAACAUUGCUGUCAUCCUACUGACAGACCUCAUUGUGGACCAUGGGGUCAAAGUGGAGUGGAGUGCCUACCUGCCCCUGUUGUUACAUGCAAUUUUUAUAGGGUUUGAUCACCAGCACCCAGAGGUCUACGAGCACUGUAAACGUCUACUUCUUCACCUGCUCGUGGUCCAGGGAGCAAAUAGCAACGUUCAGUCUGUAGCUAUGGUGCUCCUACGCAACAGAGACUACAACGAUCCUAGGGUCCUGACUGUGAAGCCAGUCGCUCCAGAGUUCAACCUAACCGGAGUGCAAGACUUAUUGCCAGAUGGUCAGCCAUCACCUAUGACGGACUCUGGCCUCAGCUCCAGCUCCACAUCUUCCAGCAUAAGUGUCGGGGCAGGGGGCACUGCUCUGUCCCACCUCUCCCCUUCACUCCUCAGUGAGGUGGAUGCCACUGCUGAACAGGACGAGAAGGCCAAAGCUCUCAUUGAGUUCAUUACAUCAAGAAAGAAGGGUCCCCUCUGGAACCAUGAGGAUGUAUCACCCAAGAACCCCAACAUAAAGAGCGCUGACCAGCUGAGUGUCUUUGUGCGACACGUCGUGACCGUCUUCAAACAUUCCCCAUUAGGUUUCCAGCUGGAUUCAUUGCUGAGUGAAGUGGCUCUACAAACUGCUCUGUCUUGUCCUUCUCGCCACUACGCUGGACGCUCAUUCCAGAUUUUCAGGGCACUCAAACAACCUCUGACUCCUGCCACGCUGUCUGACAUUCUGUCUCGACUGGUAGAGACCGUGGGGGACCCAGGAGAGGAGGCUCAGGGCUUUGUCAUUGAACUUCUCCUGACACUGGAGUCAGGCAUCGACACAUUAGCAGACACAGUCAAAAACUAUGACCUCCUCACUGCCUUAGCUCAAACUUCUCCGCGUGAUCUGUUGUUGGGGGCCAAGCUUGCUUCCAACAGGAAAAGCACAGGCCAACUGAACUUGAACAGCGGCGGCCUGUUCCAUUAUGUCCACAACCGUAGCAACUCUCUGCGAGCGAGCCAGGUGGGUGAACGAAAAGGAGACAGACGCAGGAGUAACACACUAGACGUAGCUGACCGACUUGGUGGCAGCCAUGGAAACCUGGCCCGAACGCGGAGCUUAUCAUCACUCGGCGGAGGAGGGGGUCCAGGUGGGGAAGCCAUCCCCCCCGUGGACCCUUCGAGCUUGAUGGCCACUGUGUUCUGGAUCGCCGCCUCGCUGCUGGAGUCGGACUAUGAGUUUGAGUACCUGCUGGCCCUGCGGCUGCUGAACAAGCUUCUGGGCCAGCUGCCUCUGGAUCGUGCAGACAGCCGGGAACGUCUGGAGAAGGUCCAGGCUAAGUUGAAGUGGUACAGCUUUCCUGGUCUGCUGCAGCUCUUCCUGAAGGGCUUCACCUCUGCUUCUACUCAGGAGCUCACCAUCCACCUGCUCAGCAAACUCAUCAGUGUCUCCAGACACACGCUGAUAGACCCUUCACAAGUGGCAGGUUUUCCUCUGAACAUCCUGUGCCUCCUCCCGCACCUCAUCCAGCACUUUGACAGUCCGACUCCUUUCUGUAAGGAGACGGCUGAUAAAAUAGCAAAGGUUUGCGCCGAAGAGAAGUCGGCCACCCUCUCUAAUCUUGCCCACAUGAUGAGCCUGUACAGCACACACAGCUACUCCCGCGACUGCACCAACUGGAUCAAUGUGGUGUGUCGCUACCUCCACGAUGCCUUUGCUGAUAUAACAUUGAACCUGGUCACUUACUUGGCUGAGCUGCUGGAAAAGGGACUUCCCAGCAUGCAGCAGUCCUUGUUGCAGAUCAUUUACAGCCUGCUGAGUCAUAUUGAUCUAUCAGCCGCUCCUGUCAAACAGUUCAACCUGGAGAUCAUGAAGAUCAUUGGCAAAUACGUUCAGAGCCCACAUUGGAAGGAGGCCCAAAACAUAUUGAAGUUGGUGGUGUCUCGCUCAGCCAGCCUUGUUGUCCCAGAUGAUGUGCAGCGCUCUUACAGCACAGAAUCCUGUGGCUCUCCAGAGAUUGCUUUCACGCGUAUAUUCAACAACUCCUCCAAGGAGCUGCCUGGCAAGACUCUCGACUUCCACUUUGACAUCUCAGAGACCCCAAUCAUAGGGCAUAAAUAUGGUGAUCAGCGUACCGCAGCAGGCCGAAACGGAAAGCCACAGGUGAUUGCUGUGACUAGGAGCACUUCCUCCACAUCUUCCGGCUCCAACUCCAACGGUCUUGUGCCGGUCAGCUGGAAAAGGCCUCAGCUCUCCCAGAGACGAACCAGAGAGAGGCUGAUGAAUGUCCUGUCUUUAUGUGGCCCGGAGUCUGGCAUUCCCAAAAAUCCAUCUGUAAGACUCCUCUCCUACUCUAAAGCGUCAGACAAGGUGGUGUUCUCUUCGAAUGAGGAUCUGGACUCCGCUGACCAGCAGACCAGUCUCAUACCCACAGUGGAGGAGGUGGUCCGAGAGGAGGACUUGCAGGGAGAGGAUACAGGCAGUGAGCAGCAGUUUGGGGUCUUCAAGGACUUUGACUUCUUAGAUGUGGAGCUGGAGGAUGCCGAGGGGGAGAGCAUGGACAACUUCAACUGGGGGGUGCGUCGUCGCUCCCUGGAGAGCAUGGACAAAGGGGACACGCCGACUUUGCAGGAGUGCCAGUUUGCGGGCAGCACGCCGAGCCUCAACCUCACCAACCAUGAAGACACAGAUGAAUCGUCUGAGGAGGAGGUACUGAGUGCUAGCCAGAUUCUCACCCGCUCUGGCCUUCUCAACAGUGAUUCUGCCACAGACGACACCGCCUCCAACAACGUGGACUCUCUACUGCAGUCUCAAGAAUCGUCCAGCAGUGCCCAGGAGGCCACUGUCCCUUCCUCUCUACCCUCCCUCCCCCGACUGGAUAGCGCCCUUUUGGAGAUGGCCCAGUCAGACAGCGCCAGCAGCCAGCUGCCUGAGGACGCAGUCAGCAUGACAGCAGCCGAUGAGCUGAGCAGCAGUGUGAGCGAGGACACGGGGUUUUGCAGCGCACCACCCCUUCCCUCUGACCCACAAGAGCUUUGUGACCUCCGGGAUACACACUAUCCUCAGGACCCCCAGUAUGCUCAGGACCCCCAAGAGACCCAGGACCCUCACGAGGACCUGGACCCAGCCCCCCCUCCCCUGCUGGUCAUAGACACUCCACCGGGGUCCCUCUGUGAAGAGGACUCCCUGCCUCUGCCCAUGCCACCAGAGACCAAGCCAGAUCAAGAUCCAGAUCCAGACCCGGACAGCACCUGUGGCUCUAUGUGGGAGGAAGAUGUGACACAAGCCCUGAAGGAGCUGGACGAGCGCUGUGAGGAGGAGGAGGCCGACUACUCUGACAUGUCCAGUCAAGAUGAAGGUGACGCAGACGGCUUCCCAGAGAUUCAGGCCUCUCCGCCCCCUUCGCCCUUCCUCUCUGCCAUCCUGGCAGCGUUCCAGCCUGUUGCCUAUGACAAUGAAGAGGAGGCCUGGCGUUGCCAUGUGAACCAAAUGUUGUCAGAUACAGAUGGCUCCUCUGCUGUUUACACAUUCCACGUGUUCUCCAGACUUUUUGAGAGUAUUCAGAGGAAAUUUGGCUCCAUCACACAUUCAUCUGUUCGCUUUCUUGGGGAGAGGCUCCAGCGAAUGGGAAAUCAGUUCCUCAGCUCCCUGGAAGUCAUGACGUCUCGCUCCCAGUGUCCCACUGUGCUGCUGGAUGCUGAGACGCUCGUCUCUUGUGGACUGUUGGAGACUCUGAAGUUUAGUGUGCUGGAGUUGCAGGAACACCUGGACACCUACAACGCCAAGAGGGAAGCAGCAGAGCUCUGGCUGGAUAACUGCAGGAAAACAUUUGGGGACAAAGAUGACCAACGACCAAAUACUCAUGCACAGCAAAUGGAAAAUCUAGCAGAGCUGGAGUUAUGCCGCCGGCUGUAUAAGCUACACUUCCAGCUGCUGCUGCUCUUCCAGUCCUACUGUAAGCUCAUCAGCAGGGUGGAUACUAUCAAGAGGGAGGCAGAGGUGACCAACAUGUCUGAAGAGCUCACCAUCCUUGAGAGCUGUUUGAAGGAGGCAGAAACGAGACAUGAAACUGAGGAGGAUGUGUGUAUGUCGGACACGGCUCAGACCAACACAGAGACGGCCAUCCAGUCCCUCAUCGAAUCUCUGAGAGCCAGAGACUUCACGUCUGCUCUCACACAGGUCAAAAUCUUUAGGUCUAUGUGGCCCAAUGACAUCUUUGGCAACGAGAGCGAUAAUGCAAUUCAGACCCUUCUGCACAUCUACUUCCGUCACCAGACGCUGGGCCAGACGGGCUGCCUGGCUGUCGUGGGCCCUAGCAGGGACCAGUCUCAGGCAAGCACCCGCCUCAUGGAGCUCAACCUGCAGAUCCGUGAGGCUCUGAGUCAGGCCCAGGCCUGCCAGCCCCAUACCACCAUGGUCAGCACUGGACUGUGAUUCUGUGGCACUGCAGACUAGACUGGACUAAGGUCCCCCCCUCACUCUCUCGCCUCAGCUGUAGAGAGAGAGCACCGACAGCGAGGGGCUUGGGAGGAGGAGGACGAGAGAGAGACUCCACCUUUAAAGGGCUAAAGGAUGUGUGGGAAUAACUGUGACUCUAAAUAUAUAUAUGUAUGAAUGCUUAAAGCUAAUAUCUUUUUCCCCAGACUAAGCCAACUUGCAAAAUUCAGUUGCAAUAAGUCAUGUGGUGGUGUGCCUGGGAAAGAAUAGGAGAGGACGCAGUGGGAUGAUAAUCUUUUUUCAGUUUUUUUGAUUUUCUUUGUUUGUUUUUCUUUUGCUGGAUCUAACAUGACGAGCAUAUCGUACCGACCGCCGGCCUCUCCGGGGGCCCGGCGCCGGGAGAUGGUGUAUGUCAGCAUGUAAGACCUGAGUCUAGAGGAGGUCUUGUAUGUGUGCGUACACACCUUCUAGAUUCAUAAGCAAAAACAGAAAAAUCUUGUUUGAAAAAAAAAAGAUUUUCCAAAGCAUGCUUGAAAGAGAAAAGCACUGCAAGAAUUAUUUUUUUGAAAAAUGUAUUUUCUAUUAGAGCUAACAUCCUAGGUUGUAAAUGUUAGGGUAUUUAACAUGUGAUUGUAACCCUGCGGGAGACGUUAGCCUUCAGGGUGUGUAAAAAGAGAAAUAUAUAUCUGUUUAUUGAUCUGCUUUGAGAGGAGAGUCCCCUUCAACAGGUCGUCACGCAAAACUCACUCUUAAACCAAAUAAGUAGCUGCCUUUAGAGACUCUUUGACUGUGUGAUAUAUAUUGGAUAUUCUGGUAUACGCUCACACACAAAUGCAUAUACUUGCACACAGGUGCAGACUGGCUACAACUCAUUAUGGAAACAUAACUUAUUUUACUCUGUAUAUAUUUUAGAAAAUGUAUAGUGUAAAACCAGUAUUUUUCCCUUGUACUUUUGUGUAAUGCACUGUUCAUCCGAGUAGGAUGUAUGUAUAAAGCUAAUGUGAUGAGAGAAAGCCACGACCAGAUUUGAGUCAUUAAUGAUCCGCUCUGCCUUUUUGUUACCCAGUCACACAAACUUCAAAAUUUCCCAAAGGCUGCGUUGGUUGGUGGUUGUGGUGGUCUGCUAAAAGAGGGUCAGGGCUCAUUUGGGACAGGCCACCUCUGCCUUGCUGACGGGGGAUGGCGUGGGAGAUCUAAUGUAGCCUUCAUCUCCUGUUUGACCGCACCGAUCCAGCCAAGCCCCCUCAUAAGCAUUCCUGAUCUCUACUGUGAUCUGCCCGCACAGCGCCCCCUGCUUAACGCCUCAUGAAGGGAGAUGAAGAUUUGAGUUUGAUCGCUUAGCAAAGCAGCGCUCACCCGCCACAAUCUGAUCUCCAGCCGUCACUGAAGCUGCGCUACGCUUUCAGGAACGGCCCCAUCUUGCUGCUACUGCAGGACAUGAAUCAUUACCUGAAUGCUUUCUGGAAAUCUUGUCAUGGCACAUUGUAACAGUCACUGUACUCAUUCCUCAGAGCUUUUUUUUCCCCCCUCCUCCCUGCUUGUCUGGUACAUUUUAAUGCUGUUCUUAAUUAUUUAAUGAAUAUAUUAUUUACCUGGAAGAUGUUUUAAUGUAGGGGUGCAUUAUACUUUUUUCUUGUUCACUCACAUACCAGCCUUCUCUCUGGAAAAAUAAAAAUCUAAUCCUACA